UGAGUGGGUUGCAAACGGUGGCUAUCCAACUUGUCAAAGAUUACUAUAAGUUUUCUUCAGCUGGUAAUUAAUAAAGAGAAAUAUUUCUCCUCAAAAUCUAUAUACUAUGUCUUCUAUAUUAAAUGUAGCCGAAGAGGAAACUUCAAGUAACGAUAGUAACACGGAAAGUUCAAGUAAUGACAACGUCUCAUACAUACCUCAUAAACUGGUGCAUUCCGACCAAUGUUACAGCCGUUUAAUGGCAUUGAAAAGAAUGGGUAUAGUUAACAAUUAUGAAAAGAUAAGAAAAUUAUGUAUCACUAUUGUCGGCAUUGGAGGAGUUGGCAGUGUUGCAGCUGAAAUGCUUGUUCGUUGCGGGAUUGGAAAAAUUAUUUUGUUUGACUAUGAUCAAGUAGAGUGGUCGAAUAUGAAUAGACUCUUUUACCAGCCUCGUCACAUAGGGUUAUCAAAAGUGGAAGCAGCUGGACUUACAUUGUCAUCAAUAAAUCCCGAUGUAAUUAUUGAAACGCAUCAUAUGGAUAUAACAAAAGUUGAGACUUACGAAUUUUUCCUUGAUUCGUUAGAGACCAGUGGAUUAACUUUUGGCCAUCCAGUAGAUAUGGUGUUAAGUUGUGUUGAUAACUUUGAAGCUAGAAUGGCUAUAAAUUCAGCAUGCAAUGAAAAAAACAUAACAUGGUUUGAAUCUGGAGUUGCAGAAAAUGCUGUUUCUGGACAUAUCCAGAUGAUAGUGCCUGGAAAAACUGCAUGCUUUGCUUGUGCUCCACCAUUGAUGGUUUCUGCUGGCAUCGAUGAAAAAUCCAUCAAAAAAGAAGGUGUCUGUGCUGCAAGCUUGCCAACAACAAUGGGCAUAAUUUCAGGAUUUCUUGUUCAGAAUGCCUUAAAGAAACUACUGCAAUUCGGAAAAGUUUCUGACUACCUCGGAUAUAUGGCUUUGACGGACUUUUUUCCUACUAUGACUUUGAAACCAAAUCCAUUCUGUCAAGAUAACUACUGUAAAAUACGCCAGGACGAAUACAAGUUAAAUGAAAAGCAGCAGCCACCAGAUAACUGUGAACCUGCUCCGUCAGAAGAUAGUGUCGUUCAUGAUGACAAUACUUGGGGUAUAACAUUGGUCUCUGAAUCAGAACCUGAAAAGAGUCAUGAGCAAGACCUGUCUUUACCCACUGGAAUAAACAGAGAAUUUACUGUUGAUUCAUUACCAUGCAAUGAGGAUGAAGAAGUUUCUGUUGGUGAAGAAACUUUAGAAGAUCUUCAAUGUAAAAUGAAGGCCUUAUAGAAUUGAUAUCAAACCUAGAUAAUAAAUGUCUUUGUUAAUAUUUUUUACAUUUCCGUUACUAUUGUUUUUUACAUUCCAUUAACAUUUUCUUGGAUCUUAAUGAAAUUAUAUACAGUAUUUAAAAAAGAUUUAGGCCAUCAAAUUAGGCUCUAUAAUAAUUGAUUUAUGUCAUUUUGUUUGUCUUUAGAAAUAUAUAUUUUUUUAAUUUUAUUAUUUAUUAUUUUUUUUUUUAAACUUACGAUAAAAUGAAUACAUGUUGAGAUGACUUAAUCAAGACUAAAUUAUCAAAAAGUAGCAACAAUUAAUAGUGGUAUUCAUGUUUUUAAUAUUAUUAUUUGAAGACUAGUUUUGAUACUCGUAUAUAAUAAUAAUUCAGCUUAUACAAACAGUUCAUAAUGUAGUGGAGGGGUUCCUAGACUUUGUCACUGUGUACUACUUUCUAAAACAGAUACCACCUUAUCUUAUGAUAUUAGUAUUAUAUGUUUGCCUUUUUAAAAAACACAAACUUAUUUACCAAUAUUUUUUUAAGAAACAAAAAAGUCUGUAUCACAGUAAAUUUGCUUAAAAAUAUAAUGAAAUAUAACUAAAGUUCAAAAUAGCAAAAUCAAAAGCUUGAUGACAAUUUCAUACAACUUAAAAUUAAGUUGAGCUCCAUCAAAACGAACAUUCCCUUUUACUUUCACUUACCUAUAUACAUAAUAUAUAGUAAGGGAAAGUAUUGCGAUUGUGAAAAUUUUCGAAUCAGAGUUUUCAACCGAAAUACAAGUUUUGAGGUACUCUGAGUCUAAAUAACCAAGUCCCGCAAAAUGGUGUGUGUGUGUGUAUGUUAACAGUCUAACUCAAAAACGAAAAGUCGUACGAAACUGAUAUUAUGUAUUUAAGAUAGGUAAGGUAUGUGCCUUAUAUGUGACAGCAACCUUUUCCUUAAAAUCAGCUAACCGGAAGUGCCAUUUUAUAUCAACGGUGAAACACGUUUUUACAAUUUUCUCAAAACGGCUGCAACUAUUUUGAUUAAACUCGGUGUAUUGUUGUAUAAUUAAGUGUUCUUUAAUAUCAUUUAGGUCUUAUCCCAAUUGAUGUCACUUUACAGAGCUUAAAUGCCCAAUGUUCAUAUACUUCUUCCUCUAAAGUACCUUUAAUAUGGUUUAUUUUAAAUAAUUAACUAUCUCUCAUUAUUAAGAGUUAUGAAAAAAUGCUAAAUAUAGCUUUUGAAAGAAUUUGAUUAUUGAUUAAAGGAGAAAAAAUAAAAAUUCUUAUGAAGGUCGAAAGUUAAUCUCCGGAAAUACUAGUCCGAAGGUAUAUGUAUAAUAUAUCGUUGGAAAGCAGAGAAUUUUAUAAAAUCAAUAUCUAAUAUAGAAAGUCGUAGAAGGUAACAGAGAGUGGUGAAAAAAUGAUAAAUAAUAAUAUUUGAAAACUAAUAUUAUUUAACUUAAAUCACAUGUUUCCAAGGAAAUUAAAUGAAAUUUACUAACUAAAUGUAGACUUUUAAAAUAUUUUUAAAUUAAAAAAAAGGAUUUAAAAUCCACCUAAUGAAGGC